AAUCCAUUCACGUGCGCGAUAAACCUAUGCAAAGAAGAAGAUCUAGAACGGCAGCGUUAUUUCUUUGAUAAACAAACAAAAACUUAAACAUAUUUGUCAUUUUAACGACUCGACAUCCGUUUAUUAUAAGCACAUUCUGAAUAGGUGUAAUCGUGUGGGUGCAAAACUACGGGUAUGUCUCGCAGUGUUUAUAACUUUCACUAAAGGCUAGGAGAGCUAACGCGGCUAACAGCAUACGCACUGUGUUAGCGCAUCAUGUUUUUUAUUCUGGUGCUGAAGCCAAAAAGAGCGACAUGAUGGCGUGAAACUGCAUUUGAAGAACCUCAGAUUAUCUUUUUUGAACGGAACAGCAUUGGGUGCUGUUGGUCCCAGGUAAAAACACCUGCCUGAAGUGUUCUACUCUCUGUAGUCCCUCACUGGAGCCAUGGCGUGGGCUUUGAAGCUGCCUCUCACGGACGAGGUGAUCGAGUCCGGACUGGUGCAGGAUUUUGAUGCCAGCCUCUCGGGAAUAGGCCAAGAGCUUGGCGCGGGGGCAUACAGCAUGAGCGAUGUUCUGGCUCUUCCCAUUUUCAAGCAGGAAGAGUCUAAUCUCCCUCCAGACUCAGAAAAUAAGAUCCUUCCUUUUCAGUAUGUCCUGUGUGCAGCUACCUCCCCGGCAGUUAAACUGCAUGACGAGACACUCACCUACCUCAACCAGGGCCAGUCCUAUGAAAUUCGAAUGCUUGACAAUCGAAAAAUUGGUGAACUCCCUGAAAUCACUGGUAAAAUGGUGAAGAGCAUUAUUCGUGUGGUGUUUCAUGACCGGCGGCUUCAGUACACAGAGCACCAGCAGCUCGAGGGCUGGCGCUGGAACAGGCCUGGAGAUAGAAUACUUGAUCUGGAUAUUCCCUUGUCGGUUGGCAUAAUCGAUCCAAGAUCCAACCCUACUCAGCUCAACACUGUGGAGUUUCUGUGGGACCCGUCAAAGAGAACCUCAGUUUUUAUCCAAGUUCAUUGUAUCAGCACAGAGUUUACAAUGCGCAAGCACGGAGGAGAAAAAGGCGUACCUUUUCGGGUUCAAAUAGACACUUUUAAAGAGAAUGAGAACGGUGAAUACACAGAGCAUCUUCACUCAGCCUCCUGCCAAAUCAAAGUCUUUAAGCCCAAAGGAGCAGACAGGAAGCAGAAAACGGACAGGGAGAAGAUGGAGAAGAGAGCCCCUCAAGAAAAGGAGAAGUAUCAGCCCUCCUAUGAAACCACAAUACUAACGGAGUGCUCUCCUUGGCCUGAGGUGACGUAUGUGAAUAACUCCCCCUCUCCUGGUUUUAACAGCACACACAACAGUUUUUCUAUUUCUGAAGGAAAUGGAUCACCCAGCCACCAGCCUGAACCUGUUGUCCCAACUGCUGAUGUAAGUCUUUGUCAGGUGACACCGGCAGGCCAAUUUAUAGGUCAGAUCUAUGGAGAGGCAACACAGAAAUCUACUAAUUUGUUACCCACGGCAACACCACAGGAUGCUCAACAAUGGCUCCUUCGAAAUCGCUUCUCUCCUUUCAGUCGGCUUUUCACAAACUUCUCAGGAGCAGACUUGUUGAAGCUGACAAGGGAAGAUGUAAUCCAGAUCUGUGGCCCAGCGGAUGGCAUAAGACUAUUCAAUGCAUUAAAGGGGAGGGUGGUGCGUCCCAGACUGACCAUCUACGUCUGUCAGGAGUCUCAGCAGUCACCUGAUCAAUCAAAACAUGAGAACGGAGACGCUGCUGCUUUUUUUGUAUAUCAUGCCAUUUACCUGGAGGAGCUCACUGCAACUGAACUCACUGAGAAAAUUGCUCAGCUCUUCAACAUCUCUCCCAGACAAAUAAACCAGAUCUUCAAACAAGGUCCGACUGGUAUCCAUGUACUGGUCAGUGACGAGAUGAUCCAGAACUUUCAGGAUGAAGUCUGUUUUAUUCUGGACACAAUGAAAGAUGAAACCAGUGACGGUUACCACAUCAUCUUAAAGUGAUGCAUAGGCAGAAGAAGAGUUGAGAAGUGCUGCUCUUUUGUGUAGACCUGGUUCGACCUGCCCCUUCAGAGCUCCACAGGGCUGAAGCUGGUCCCGAGACAAAGGGAGGAAGCCUGAAGAACGUGUUUUGAGACUGCCAAGUGGUUGCACCUAAAAAUCCUCUCUCCUGCUCAGCUCAACUCCUAUGACUCUUUGAAAGGAGGGGCUCUGUACCACCUUGAAAUGACUUUUGCCCAUUUUGCCCUAACUGUUUUUGUUGUCAACUGCUGUAUGUUUUUUACUAUAUCUGUUUCAAAGCACAACAAUCUUACACCACAAAAAUAUUCUCUUCAAAAGUUAAAAUGCCUUGAAUUCAGAGUUGACUAGUUUUGGUGAGUUUGACUUAAUUUACAACCAAGGUCUAGAUUUGGAGCCUGUAAGAUAUUUCUAAGUGAUGUCUUUUCAGACAGUUUUCAAAGCGUUUGAAAAGGAAUUGCUCUUCAUAUUGCACCAUGCGCAAGCUGCAAUACUGGAGUAGUAGUAACUGGGAAGUUACAAUGGUGUCUUGCUUAACACAACAGCUCACAGUUUUGUUUUGUUCUGAAGCUUUUUUGCUUUUUGUUUUUUGUCAAAUGCAUUUUAAUAGCCUGGGAUCCAGACUGGCUCUCUGUAUAUUCAGUACAGAAGCUAUCAAUUCAGUCCUUUUAUACUGUUCCCUUUCCUCUUUUCAAAUGAUACAAACCAUACAGACAGGCCAUGUGUGGCCCUAAUUGGCUAAUCCAUCUGUCAGUCACUCCCAUCUGAACUCAGAUGUAUUGGAGAAAUCUGAAAUACUGUUAAACAAAUCUAACCAUCUGGAUUUGAUGUAAAUACACCUAAAGUAGUAAAAAUGCCACAUAUAAAAGUCGCUCUGAAUUCAAGAUAUUUUAAAGGUGCAUUGCAUAACUUCUGAUGGAUAUAGACUACCUCCUUGUCUCCACAAACUUUAAAUGUUACACAGUAUGGGAUUAACACAUCUAUCCAACAUUUAUUAAAUUCUGUGUAUUUUACUGCUCAAAAAUACAUUGAGAAAUCCAGACUGUAACUGUACUUGGUCUAAUGGCUCACUUCGUCUCCAUGGAGAUAGACAAGUUUAAUGCCAUACUGCAUUGAACUUGCAGCAAGCAAUAACAACUCAAGGCAAGAAGGUGAUAAACAUCCCACUAGAGAAGUUACACAGCGCAUCUUUAAAUAGUAAAUAUUUUUGCAGUGUUAGAAUGACUUGCAAAGACUCCUAAUCCUAGUAUCCAAAAGUAUUACAACCUAAACUGUUAUCUUCAGUGGAUAUUGAACCUUGUUGAACUUUUGAAAAUGGACUUCGCACACUGUCAAAUGUUUUAUUAUUUAAUUUUAUUUUACAAGUCUCAGAUAAUUAUAUAAAAGAUUUAAAACACUGUCUUUUGCAGUGAAAACAGUGGCUUCACCAGCAAACCUAUAACCUAAGUUCAUGUGCUUCCUAUUCUGGAAAUUUCAUGUUGUUUUUAAUACAUGACUGAUUGUGUUAUUGUUUUGUAUUGUUCAUUAUAAUCAUGAGUUGCCUUUUUAAUUGCCAUGUUUGAUAAUUUGUUAACACCAUCACCCCCUCCUUGUCCUUCAUUAUAGGUUCUGUUUGACAUGAAAUGAAAAACUAAACGUGUUGCAUAUGUGAAUAUGGUCUCUUUAUGUUCAUUGUACUGCCUAUAGGAAAUCUAGCUGUUUACCCUCUUCUGAGCAUUAAAAAAACAGUUACAAAUA